AUGCGAAUUUUCGAUGAAAAGUGUACAAACUCGACAGUGGAUGUAAAUCGCCAUUUAUCGAGUCAUUAUGCAUCAAUUUAUCCUCUACAUCAUGAUGCCAAUUUGGUUUUGGUAAGACAACAACGUGAUUUAUUUACCGGUGGACCGUCGCCAACACAUCUCGGUAUACCAGAUGUGACUACACAUGUAGGUAGUGUAAUCCAUGCGUUUGAAACACUUGCCCAUCAAAGACAAAUGAAAGAAGCUGAACAACCAUAUGAAAGUUCAAAGUCAACAUCAAGUUCGCAUAAAAAGGCAUCUAUUCAUAAAAUAAUACUUCCACCACCUCCACCGAGUAAGAAAAUUUCCACUGGAACGCUUACAAAUGAGCCAAUAAAACAUAUUAUACGACAUCGUCCUAAAGGUAAAGCACCUGAGAUUCCAUCAUCAUCAACAAACACUGCAUCUGCCACAACCCAAACCACAAUUUUUACGGGCGAUGAAAAUGAGUCUAGUGCUCUAGAUUCAUUGAACUUAGAAGACGAAAUACAAAAGAGCCCUUCCACAAAGUUUCCACAAUCUUAUGUUGUUAAGAACUAUAAAGUGCUUCCACCCUUCGUUCCACCUCAUCAACCAUCGAGAAUACCCACAAAGGCAAUAAAUAAGCAAAACAAUCAGACAUCGGCACGCAACCGAAUGUCUGAUAGUUUAUUACAAGCAAAAUCUCGAACUGAUGUUUUUCUCAAACCCAAAAAACAUACCGAAGACGAUAUCGAAAAUGAUUUUUUACGUGGUACAACAGUCAGUCAAUCAUUCAUCAAAAAUGUCGUUCGUAAAUCUCCGACAAGAAAAAUAUCAACAUAUGAACAAAACUUUCUUGUCAAUAAUGAUGAGCCACAAAUCCGUGUCAGUAGAUCAAAACGGAAAUCUCUUGACAGAAACUCAAGAUCUCGAUCAGGUGGAAAUACAAAAAUUGAGCAGCCAUUAAUAGAUGAAGUAAAUCGACGUUAUAAGGAAUAUUCUGGAGGGCAUGUUAAUGAAAAUUCUAAACAGUUUAAUUUCCAUCCACGCAGCAUUGACCGAGCUGAACUUUAA